AAGGAGUGGGGAAGCCUGUGAAGAAUCAGAGCAGGAGCAAUCCAUUCUCCAGGGUUCUCCUAUCUGAUUUUGUUUUGUUUUAAUUUUUUUUCUUUACAAGUACUUAACUAUUUGUAGACAUCUCUAUCCACUCCUCCAUCUCUUCUCCAUUGCCAAGACCAUGAAGGCUUCCAUAAUGAUUCUCCUGCAUCUCUCACUCAUGGUUAUCUGUUGUCCCACUGCCUUUGCAGCAGGAGCUGCGGUCAUUCCCUCAUCUUGUUGUGUGAACUACAUACAGAAGGCAAUCCCCUCAAACCUGGUGACCAGCUACCAAAUGACCAACCGGAGCGCUUGUUCCAUGCCUGGAGUGAUUUUUAUAACCAAAGGAAGCCGACAAGUCUGUGCUGACCCCACAAGACAGUGGGUCAAGGAUCGCAUGAAGGCAAUAGAUGCUAAGAAGGCCAAGCUCUCCCAGGGGGCUGCACCAAAGACCUUGAAAAAACUCCCCAAGAAGCCAUCGUUCAAUAACACCACCAUGGAUCGCUAAGAUGGGGGUGGGAACUACUGGCCAGUUUCCCGGGGAAUUGAAUGAGAGGUGGAGAAGGUGGUCUUUCUUCCUUCUCUCUCAGCUAGGCCAUUACCAGAGUGAAUGAUUGUACCUCCCAGAUUCCCAGAUGCCCAUUUACUAUCCAUGUGACUCCAAGGAAGUCCUUUUUGCUCUCUAGGCUAGGUUACUUCUUCCUCCUCUGUAAGACCAAUGGAAUCAAAGGUUUAGAGCUAGAAGCACCUUGGAAGCCAUUGAGCUACCUUGGCAGAGCUGGAACUCUGACCAAGAUUUGUGGCUCCAGAAAUGGCCCGACUGGUUGAUUUCUACUAUCUCUUUCAGUGCUAAUGUCCUAUGCUCAUUAUCAAAGCGAGACGAUAUAUAUAAAGUGCUUUUUCUACUCUGUCAAAUGUUCCAUCAAUGUAGACUGUGUCCUUCCAUCUCAGUCCUCAGCUCUGAAGUCAGAGGCCCCAAUUCAAAAACUCUUUUUUUUGGGGAGGUGUGGAUUGUUUCAUUUUAGGCACCUGGCUCAGUGCCUGGCACAGGGUAGUAACAAAUAUUAUUGAUAGACUCGGUGGAUUGCCAAAAUGUGCAUAAUGAGGGGAAAUGUGACCCAGUAGAUAGAGGGCCAAGUUCAGAGUCAGGAAGAUGGGUUCAGUUCUCACCCCUAACACAUACCAGCAAGGACUCUGGGUGAGUCCUGUUUCCAAGUAUCCCUCACACAAUUCUCUAAGACAAGUGAACUGUCACUGUAUCACUAGAGGGUGUUUCCACAUUGGAUGGUCCCCAUCCCAAGAUGACAUAAAAUUGGAUGGAAAAGAAAAGAAUUGAUGUGUCUGAAGUAGUCGUCAAAUAUCAGUGAGAGAAAAGAAAGGCUCCAUCUACCCUCUUGAGCCAGUCUCUAAAUGAGCCUUACCUAAGACAGAUCCAUUUAGUGGCUACUUUGAAUUUGGAGUUGGGGGGACCCUCAGGGAUCAUGGUGUCAUUAGAGUGGCAAGGGGACCCUAAUUUUACAAAGAGCAAACUAGAGAGAGAUGAAGUGACUUCCCCGUGGUCACAGAGCUAACAAAUGGAUCGUAAAUGUAGGACAGAGCUAAAAGUGACCUUGUCCAAUGUCCUCAUUUGACAGAUGGGGAAACAAGUCCAGGAAGGUGGACAAUCAGAACAAUUUGAGGGUAUGGAGUUACAGCACUCAUAGGGGGAAGGGCUUGACUUCUGUGAACUUCGUGUAUUAUAACUUAUAUUAUGGUUUUUUGUGUAUUUAUCUUAUGCCUUUUCCUAGAAUGUAAGCCUCUUGAGGUCAAGGCAUGUUCCUCCUUCCAUCUGUGUAUCUGCAACUCCAGCCUUUUAUUAAGUGAUUAUUUAAUAAAUAAAUAUUGAAUGAGAAAAA